AUGCUCGCGCGCCGACGGUAUUUCACCUUUGCCAUGCUGACGUGUUGGAAGCUCGUCCUCGGAGUCCUCGCGGCUGCCGACGCGGCCACCAUGCUUGCUGGCUUCCAGCCCUCGCCCGAGCUGGCGCAAGGUCAGCGGGCGCUCGGUGAUGCGCCGUUUGAUCUCUCCAUCGGUAUCAAGGCCGCCGACCCCUCGGCGCUCGAGGCUCACUUUUGGGCCAUCUCAGAUCCGAGUCACCCAAAGUACAACCGAUUCUUGGCCCAGAGUGAGGUCGACGCUCUCACGGCGCCUCACGCCGAUGCCCUUCAGACGCUCCAGCGGUGGCUGUCGGCGCACGCUGUCGACAACGUGACGUUCUCUGCUACUACCAACCGGCUGUCGGCGCGGACAACGGUGCGGACGCUCGAAGCCAUGAUGCAAACAACGAUUCACGCUUUCAACGUCGACAGCGGUCACCGACUGUUGCGUGCUACGACGUCGCUGACGCUGCCCGACGACGUGGCGACACAUGUGGCAUACAUGAACCUCAACACUGCCCCGAUGCGUCGGUCUCUCCGUGCAACGGCUGUGUCACCGACGGAUGCUGUCCGCAACGGCGCUGGUGUCACGCCAAGCUUCCUCCGCGACCUAUACAAGAUCCCGGUCCAGACGCACCCGAACGAAACGAAUGCCCAGAUGAUUCCGGAGUUUUACAAUGAAGCAUGGAGCCAAGACGAUCUUGCGACGUUCUUCCAUCAGCUCAUGCCCAACGAAACCCUGCCGAUCUUGCAUUCCAACAACGUGGCCGGCCGGGACAACGCCCCCGAUCACGCCAGCGCCGAGGCGUCUCUUGAUUUGCAGUACAUCACGGCGAUUGCACCCAAGACGCCGACAUUCGUUUGGUCCCAGGUCGGCGCCAACCCCUACUCGGCGGCUGACGAGCCCUUUGUCGAAUGGGCGACGGCAACGCUCUCAAUGGACAAGCCGCCGUACGUCGUAUCGCUCUCGUACUCAGACGACGAAACACACAUCUUCGAGGCAUCCGAAAGCUAUGCGCGCAGCUUUGAUACGCUUCUCAUGAAGCUCGGCGCGCGUGGCGUCUCGGUCGUCAUGUCCAGCGGCGACGACGGCGUCGCUGGCCAGCGCCCGGCGCUUCUCAAGACGCAUACCUCGAAUGCUGCGGCGUGGUGCAAGCGCGCCAAUCCGCAAUGGCCUACUAGCUCGCCGUACUUGACGUCCGUGGGUGCAACGAUGCUGAGCAAGAAGGAUCUCACACCCGACUUUUUCGCCACGGACGAAGAAGUUGUCUGCUCGUCGGAACUUGGCGCGCUCAUUACGUCUGGUGGUGGCUUCUCCAACCAGUACCCACGUCCAUCAUACCAAGCGGAUGUUGUUGCUGCCUACCUCAACUCAUCGGCGAUCCCGUCGCUGGCGUACUUUAACGCGUCCGGUCGUGCGUACCCGGACGUGGCUGCGUUUGGCUCCAAUUUCAAGGUUGUGAUUCGCGGGUCGACAAGCUUGAUCUCUGGCACGUCGGCGUCGGCACCCGUGUUUGCGGGCAUCCUCACGCUUAUCAACGACCUGCGCCUGAAUGCGGGCAAGCCACCGCUGGGCUUUGUCAACCCGCUCUUGUACAAGGCCUAUGCACAGAACCCACGAUCGUUCAAUGACAUUGUCGUCGGGUCCAUUGCGGCAGGCAUGGGGUCGGCCAAGCCCGUGUGCACGCAGACGUUCCGCGCGACGAGAGGCUGGGACGCAGCAUCCGGUCUCGGAUCCCCCAACUUCGAGGUGCUCAGCAAUUUGCUCGUUCACCCCGAGGCGUGGCUCGCGACGACACUUGAUGCGCCGCAGAGCAGCAGCCACGGAACGAGUGAAGCCAAUAGCAGCGAUGUGCCAGUCGUGCUCACUGAGCGACUCUCGAACCUCGCGAUCGUCGUUUGCGUCGCGACGCUCGCCGCCGUGCUUGUGCUAAUUGGUUGCACCUGUUGCUACGUCCGGCGCUCACUGAAGCACAAGUCGUACCAAGAAAUCGACAUCAACAAGCCCGACACGCCCAUGUACCCUUCAAAAGCCAAGCAGGACGCCGCCGCCAUCUUCACGAUUGACGACGACGACGACGAUGAGAAGGACCUCGAGCUCACCGAGGUGCCAUUGGGCAAGUAGAGAGCGUGUCAUCCGGUAUCGUUGAAUAGACUGUCGUCGUUGAUUUCUAAGAAGUUUCUACUGUUAAUGCAC